AUGGCCAGCACCCCUCCGAUUGUCCUCGACGGCGGCACCGGCUUCCUCAAAGUCGGCUACGCAGCACAAAACUUCCCCGAGCACCAGUUCCCUUCUAUCGUGGGACGACCCAUUCUCCGAUCAGAGGAACGUACCGACAGCAAUGUCGUGAUCAAAGACAUCAUGUGCGGAGAUGAGGCGGCCGCGGCCCGCAACAUGCUUCAGAUCAGCUACCCGAUGGAAAAUGGCAUUGUGAAGAAGUGGGACGAUAUGCAGCAUUUAUGGGACUAUACGUUUUUCCAGAAGCUCAAGGUCGAUACGAACGGGCAGAAGAUCCUGUUGACGGAACCUCCAAUGAAUCCGUUGAGGAAUAGGGAGCAGAUGUGCGAGGUCAUGUUUGACCGCUACGGAUUUGGGGGUGUCUAUGUGGCCAUCCAGGCGGUUCUUGCGUUGUAUGCCCAGGGUCUGAGUUCUGGUGUUGUCGUCGAUUCCGGGGACGGCGUCACGCACAUUGUCCCGGUUUACGAGUCAGUGGUGCUGAGCCAUCUUACGAAACGAUUAGACGUGGCUGGUCGAGAUGUAACCCGUAACCUGAUCAAGCUGCUCAACCGCCGCGGGUACGCGCUCAACCGAACAGCCGACUUUGAAACGGUGCGCCAGGUCAAAGAAAAGCUCUGCUACGUCUCGUACGAUUUGGAGCUAGACAAGCGACUGAGCGAGGAUACCACAGUGCUGGUGGAGAACUACACGCUUCCCGACGGCCGCGUGAUCCGGGUGGGCAGCGAGAGAUUCGAGGCGCCCGAGUGUCUGUUCCAGCCUCACCUUGUCGACAGCGAAUCUCCCGGGCUGGGCGAGUUUCUUUUCAACACGAUCCAGUCUGCGGAUGUGGAUAUACGUUCUUCACUAUUCAAGGCCGUCGUUUUGUCAGGAGGCAGCAGCAUGUAUCCGGGUCUGCCGUCGAGGCUGGAAAAGGAGCUGAAGCAGCUGUGGCUGACGCGGGCGCUGCAGGGCAACCCGGAGAGGCUGGGCAAGUUCAAGGUGCGAAUAGAAGAUCCGCCAAGGAGACGACACAUGGUGUUUCUGGGAGGCGCGGUUCUGGCCAACAUAAUGGCGGAUAAGGAGAGCAUGUGGGUGACCAAGGCGGAGUGGGAUGAGCAAGGGUCACGUGUUCUUGAGAAGUUGGGGCCGCGAUAG